UGAAAAAUAGACUAAUCUUCGAAUUGCAAAAAAGGCUGGUCAAAAUUUGUGUUACGUUUGUCGCAUUUUUUUUCUACAGCAAAAAAAAAAAAACUUUAAAAAUGACCCCAGUAUAAGUAUAUAAAGUCUUGCCAUUUUGCUAUUUGAGUAUAAUAGACAGCUGAGUAAAGAACUAGUUAUUUACAAUGCCGCCAUCAAGUAAAAUAAGAUCGUUGAGGGAAGAGGCAUUAUCUGGGUCUUCGACCAGGUCUUCCUCUAGAGCAAGAACCCCCAAUCCAGACGGAGAAGAGAACGGGUCCCUUGAUGUUAAUUUUCAAAGCAUUGAAGAGUUAUUGGCUAAUAAGUUAGAGCAUUUACAAAGUGUUCUUGGACUGUCAGAUCUUCUGGAACAUGAAAACAAAGAUAAGAAGUUCGUCAAUGAUAACAAGAAUGAUCAUAAGCAGCAGACCAUUAGUGAAUUGAAUAAGUCAAGGAUACAAUCGGACCUGACUACGAUUAAUCAAAUUAUUUAUUCAUUGACACAAUCGAGAACCGACGUUUCAUCACAAUCCCGUGAGUUGCUAUUGGCUCAAUUGUAUCGUUUAGUGGUUACCAAACCAAUCAUUGUGUUUAACGAAGAACAUGCAGGGACUAAAGAGUUUGUGUCUGAAUCUAAAGUUGAAGAGUUAAUUCAAAAUUUAUAUGGUAGAAAUUUCAGAUCCGAAAGUGAAUUCAUCUUACUUUUCAGAUCAAUUAUUGGAUUGUUGUCCAGUGAUUUAGAAGAAUUUGGAGAGUUGGUAUCAAGUCAAUUAUUUUCUUCCAUUGAAAAGUUGAUUCAAGAUCAACCAACUGCUUCUGUAACUAAUGAUAACAAGGCUGGACUCAUUAGUGGUUACUGUGGAUUGUUACUCAUUUUAUAUGCCGGUACAUCAGCUUAUGGAAUCGAUGAAAAAGUUAAUUGGUUAUUUGAAUUAGCCCAAGGGUACGUUGAGAGUGCUCUCACUUUGAAAAGUCAAUUGGAUUCCGGUGAUCGUGAGUAUUCUACUUUGUUACACCAAGAUCAUGAUAAACAAUUGGUUAGUGAACAAGAACGUCAAGCAAACUCAGAAGGUUCGAUUGCUAUAUCGGCUAUACAUGGUGUUGGUGUUUUGUUAACGUUAUUACCAAGAGGUGACUUUUUAAAUGAAUUUUUAAGUGAAUUAGUUCCAAAGUUAGUGGAAAUCUUGGAUAAUGAAGAACAUAUCGAUAUCGCUAAAGCCUCAGGUAGAGUAAUUGCGUUAUGCUAUGAACUUUAUACUUAUGAUUCUAAUGAUGAUAUCGAAAAUGAAGACGAGGAAUAUAACUAUAAUGCUCCUUAUUAUGAACAAGCUUCAUUAAUUUCAAUAUGUAACCGUUUAGCCAAUUUAUCAUCUAAAAAGAUUGGUAAAAGGGAUAGACAUGAAACUCAUUCUAUCUUUAGAGAAACCCUUAAUACAAUUGAAAGUUAUACUGAUGCGAAGAAAAGAGAAGAAAUUUACAAAAGAUCACCAGAAGGUAUUGAAAUUUCCCAUACUUUAAUAAGCUCAACCCAUAUCAAAUUAGCUAAAUCAAAAUCAUUACCAAUAAAUAGUUGGUUUUUAUAUUUUAGACUACUUCAUUUAAAAUGGUGCUUUGGUUUCGGUCUUCAUAAUCAAAUUGUGAGUAAUGGUGACAUCAAACAAAUAUUGAGAGAACCAACCACGGAAUAUCAAGAUAAAUACAAUUUUGAUCCUAAUGAUAAUUCCCUUGAGUCUGGUGGCUAUAGAUCAAUUGAUGCUAGAACUGAUAGUGAACGUUUUGCUAAAACCGAUAAGAAAAGAUCAAAUGAUUUAAGGAAAGCCAGAGUCAAUAAAGUAACUGAAGAAAUGAAUGACUUACAUUUAUUCGAAAAAACAAAAUAAACUUUUUCUUAAUUACUAAUAUUUAUUAUGAUAACUUUAUAUCAA